AUCAAAAUUGAAUGCCGCAUAAACGUGUUUUAUGCUCGGCAUUCGAAAAUACAAACAAGUCUAAAAUAAGCAAUACUAUUUGUCAUUUGAUUCAAAAUGGAUAAUAAUCUUCCAGAUAUAAAAGCAAGUGAAAUCGUUCAAGAGGAUCUCUCUAGCAAAGAGAAAUUAACACAAUCCUAUUUGUUGUUGAAGAAAAAAAUUUUUGGAACUGAUGAAUUAACUAGGAAGUAUAAUGAUAAGCAGAAAGAAUGUGAACGAUUGAAAACAGAACUAGAUACAACAACUAAAGUAGCAAAUAAAGCAACUUAUAAUUAUAAUUCUACAUUAGCAAAAGUUAUUAAAUUAGAACUUCUGAAUACAAAAUAUAAAAAGAAUAUUGAAUCUCUAACAGAACAAUCAAAUGAACAGAAGAUAAAAACAGCUGCAGAUCAGCAACAUAUACAACAAUUAAUAUGCAAAAUAGAGGAUUUAAAAAAGAAUGAAGAUGAUAAAAUUAUACAAUAUGAUUUAGAAAAGUCUUCACUUCAAGAAAAAGUCAAAGAAUUAGAACAAGAAUUAAAAACUUUAAAAAAAUCGUAUGAUACAAAAAUCAAGAAGAUAGAGAAGAAAAUCCCUACAGAACAUGAUAAUAAACCAAAAGUAAAAGAGAUUGGAAUCAAUACAGAGUUAACUCGUGAUGAAAUACGGCAAAAACCAAAAACUGUCGAGAAAUGUGUCGUUACCAAUGAAACGUACAAUGUUAAAGAAGAUGUGUAUCCUGUAUUCUGCGGUAAAUGCGAAGUUCUUUUAGAACCUCCUCCACAUGAAAAAAUAUGUAAAAUGAUGACAAAUUCAUGUCCAAAACUUAUUGAAAAAAUUUCAUCUCCGAAAAAAGUAUCGACUCCUUUAGGAAGAUCACGCGAAAUCAACAGUAAUAAUUAUAAACCUGAAAAUCUACCGACGCUGCCAAACACAUCUCCUCAUUUGCACAACCAAAACAAUCAUUCAAAUUUUAUUCCCCAAAAUUUGUUAACCCCAUCAACGCCAGUUUCAUCGAAUCCUCCCAAUUACUGUAAUAACUUUAUGCCGCCGCUACCCAAUUUAAUGUCUCCAGGUACUUAUAUAGGAUCAACGCCAGUAAUCUCCGUGCCAUUGACAAAUUUAAAUGCAAUUAAUCAGAAUAAUCAAUCUGAAAGUAUAGCAGCAGUGGCAUCUUCAUUGUCAAUUAUUUCUUCUUUACACAAAAAGAUUGAUACUCUAGAAACAAAGUUAGAGAUGUUAAGUAAGGUAAAAUCAAAACGAUCUAAUAGUUGCUGCCAACAUCAGCACCCAACUACCUGUACGUAUGAUAUGAACAGCUCUAUGCAAUUUAAUUUCAUGGAAAUGUGGAAAAGAAUGGCAGAUUUGUAUGAAAACAAAGAUAAGAAAAAAGAACGUUUCGAUACGCAUAAGCGUAAUAGUAAAAAGUUAAAUAACCAUAAAAUGAAUCGACUAACUCCUAAGAAAAGGUUACAAAAUACGCACACUAACUCUUGGAAAGUUGAAUCAGCCGCAAAGAAAGUUAAGCAAAGUCCUUCUAGAAAAAGGCUUAAAAAGCGAAAAGGUCGAUAUUCUCUUUUCAGCAAGGUUGAUAUUUCAUCAAAUAAUAGCGAAGAUUUAGAAAAUUCCAACAGCGAUUCCGAUACAAAUUCAUACACUGAUGUGUUUGGAAAUACCACUAUUAGUAAAACAAAUUCUAACAUAGAAUCUAAAAAUUCGCCAUGUACAGAAACGUCUAAGUCAAUUAUAAUAUCUAAUAAUGACUUGAAAGCAACCACGAGUUCUACUCAUUCUACAGACCUAGAUGAAGCUGAAACUAUAGAAACAAUACGAGAUUCCGUUGAAUUUAGUAAAUCGAUAGGAGGUGAAACUGACUCAGGGAUAUUAUCAGACUCUGUUGAAUCCAGUAAAUUAAUGCCACUUGAAGCUAACACAAACACAUUUUUAGAUUCGGCAGAGUAUGAAAAUACAACAAAAAUUAAGUCUUCCAUAGAGAAUAGAUCACAUCCUAAUAAAAAUAUUAAACCCGUUGUGAAAUCUAAGCUUUCAAAUAGACCUUCGAUGAAAACAGUAUUACAUUUAACAAAAUUUAAUGAGCUGACAGAAACAAAUACUGGUUUAAAACCACCAUCACAACCAAAUAAAUGUAAUGAAAAUAUAGAAGACAAAGAAAUAACAGAAGCAGCACAUGAUGUAAUAACCCAGGACAAUGCUUGUACUUCUACUGCAACUAGUUCUGUUAGAAAAAGAAAAAGGAAGAUAAACGAAUUUCAAGAACAAAAAAAUUGUAAUAAACGAGCAAAAUUAUUGAAAAAGCUAAGAAGUUUGAGAAAAAAUAGUAAAUGUAUAAACAAUACAUCUCAAAAUAUUUCUAUUCAUCAAGAUGCACUGAAUCAUAAAGAUGAAGAUUCUCGUAGUUCAAAAGAACAGACAAAUUUAGAUCAUGAUACAAGUAUUACUAAAACAGAGGAUUAUGUUCCUAAAAGACCUCGCAUCGCACAUGUACCUAAAAGUACAACAGAUCACACGACCUCACCAAACAGUUCUUUACAAGUCAAAAAAUGUCUGGUAAAAAAUAUAGAAGAGAGAAAGAUAGAAUUACAAACUAUUUCUGCUAAUAAUGAAGUCUCAAACACAACAGCAGAUCAUACAAAAAUGCAAAAGUAUGAUAUCACUUUGAAUGAAUUGAGUGAAACCAAUAAUGAAUUGCAGGAGACAAACGAUGAUGGAACAAAGCAAUUGAAAUCAACUUCUGUAAAUAUAAUAAAUUCUAGUAUAGAAGAUUCUGUAGAAAGUAACAAAGAUGAAACAAUUACUCCUGAUAUUAAAAAUGUAUCGAGUGAAUCAGAAAUUAAAAAUUCACCAAACGUAGGCAUACAUAACUACAAUCAUUCCAAUAUUACCGAUGAGUCGUAUGUUAAUGAUCUUGAAGGCGUGUAUAAGUGCGAUCAUUCUAAUACUAUUAUUGAAUCUGAUGUUAAGGACUCUGUAAAUGAGACAAUGGAAACAGAGGUCGAAUCAAACAAUCAAUGCGAGGUUUUUCAAUCAUUGGAACAGAAAAUUGAAAACUCAGUUCAAGAAAGUGAAUGUAUAAACGAGCAAACAAGUAUACUAUUUCAACAAGAUCUUAAUGGUUGUCAAAAUUUUAAGGAAAAAUCAUGUGAUGAAUUUGAUUUACAUUCUACUCUGAAUGAAAGUGGCGACUCUAUGAAGAUUUUAGAUGUUCCUACUCCUAAAAGUGAUGCUGAUACUUGUAAUGAAGGUGUAACAGAAGAAUGUUCCAUUAAUGUUCAAGACAGUAUUAUGAAAGAAAAAAAUACUCAACGGGUAAAGAAAAAUAUCAGUACUAAAAAGAUAAAGUCUAAUAAACAAUGUAAGUUUAUUGAAGUGGAGUCAAUGGAUCCACUUCAGAAAUUACGACAGUAUAUUAAUAAAAAUAAAUCUCAAAGGACUUAUAAUCAAAAUAAGGAACUUUCAGCCGUUCGUAUGCUAACAGAUAAAUUCGUUAAGAGACAAUUGCAAAGGCUUAUAGAUAACGAUUGGGGGAUCUCAGUGCAUUGUGAUGUAAUAGACAAAUUGAAAUCUGUAGGCAGUUCCCGUAUCAUAGCAAAAGAAAUUGUAGAAUUUUUAUCUACAAUAUCGGAAGGCCAACCAUUAGAUAAAACUCAUACACCACCAGCGCCAUUAAUGACAAAAAACCAACAAAAAAUAGUGACAUUGUUAGUAGACUUAGAAGAAUGGGAUCCAAUGAUUUUUCAAUUGGUACUAGCUGGUAUCGAGUACAAAUUAUUCAGGCUUAACUCUGAUACUGUGGUAACGAAAACGGCUAUAGAAUCAUUCGCUAGGAUGUAUACGAUUCUAGCGCGAAUUAAAAAAGAUAGAGAAAAAGUAAGGAUAUUUUGUUGCGAUGCCUUGUACUGUUUGGGACUUAAUGCUAUACUUGUUUUAUAUACAGUAUUCACAUGUUGGCCUGAAGUGUUUCCAAAUAACGAAACAAGUAACCAAUUGUUACCAAAAUGCAUGGCACAUUUCAUCAUGAGGCAACAAGGUACAGACUAUCCUAAGCUCAACGCUUUAAAGAACUUGGUAUCAGUAUUUUAUAAAUAUCCUUCAGAAACGUUGUCAAAAGAUUUAUUGAAUGAAUUAUUAACAACACUUCAAGAAAAAUCUCACGUCGAAGUUGAGACCGCUAUUAUACUUCUUGGAAAGAGGGAAGGUACAACAUGGGCGUAUAAGAAUAUCAUUCGAAGCGCAUUAUUGCCAAUGAUUAUUAAUAACAAACUUCCAAGCGAGUAUAGAGGACUCUGUUUGCUUGGUAAUCUUAUGCGUGUAUUUCCACUAGAAGAUAAAGAUAAUUCAGUCAGUGAAACUGUAGAACAACUAUGUGAUUUAAUCAAGGCUGGUAGCGAAGAAUCAAGUGAACUAAACGAGGGUGUUAUCUCAGCAUUGUUAAGUUUAUCUAGGCACAAAUUUGACAAGGUAGUGGAAAAUACGUUAACGUGGAAGCCAGCUAAGCCUCUUUGCGAUCGAACUGAAAAACAGUUCAAUGGUUUAUUCAAUCAGCGUAGCUUAGUCUUCUGGAACAAAUACUUAAGAAAGAAUAAACUCUAGUUUGGAAAGCAUGGGGGAUAUUAAACGUAAUGUGUAUUUUUUUAAAAACAUAGGCAAUAUUAAUUUUGUGAUAUUUAUUAAUUUAUACUAUUUAACGAUUCAAAUACUUUUUGUUAACUUUCUUCGUUAAAUCAAGUGUAUUUAAUUUUUGCCAUUUGUUGGAUGAAGUAUUCCUUAUGAUUUUUAAUGUUUGAAAGCAAAAAAAAUAGUGUUCUUUCUCUCGUUAUUUUUACAUAUAACACGUUUAGUUCCUUUACUUUUUUACAUUUAGUAUAGUGUAUAAUAACACUAUAUGUAUAAGAGAAUAAUCUUUUCGGAAGAGCCAACAAACAUUGUAUUACGUGUGUAAAUAUAAUAACUAUCAAAGUAUCCUCAAAUCAAUCAAGUUAAUAAUGUUGAAGGUUUUGUGUAUAGAAGAGGAACAAAUUUGAUAAACCAAAGAAACAUGCUUUGUAACAUGUACUAUCAAAACUUUGUGUUUAUAUCCUUAUGUAAAUGUUUUUUACUUUUAAUUUUUUAUAAAAAAAAA